ACAUCGAUCUUGAUAACAUACAAAAUGCGCAGCGUCGUUGUGGUCGUCCUCCUGGUGGCGAUGGCUGUGUGUCUUCAGCUGACAGUUGCCGAGAUCUUGAAAUGUUCCGAGCGUGAAUUGGUGUCCGAGUUGGCGGCGCAGAUCCUGCGCGUGGCUCAGGGAUCCUCGGCCUUCGUCGCGGGACCUCACAAGCGCAACUCGGAGCUGAUCAACUCCCUCCUGGGGAUCCCCAAGGUCAUGACCGACGCCGGGAGGAGAUGAAAAGGAAACUCGCCCAUUUUCUUCAAAGGACACCCUGGCCAUGGCGAAGCUUGCUGACUCUACACAAUACGCUUAUUAACUACAUGAUUAAAUAAAUAAAUGUUGCAACAAUUACUCGACAUAUUUCUUUUUCAAUAU